AUGUCUUACGUGCACAUCCCCAUCGAUCUGUGUUCCUCCAAGGAUCCCGACUCUUGCACUCACCUGCAUCGCCAGCUCGCUCGGGAAGAUACUUCCUCAACCCUCGACGGUGCAAUUGUUGUCACCGACCAUCGCGACCCUUCGCCCGUUAAUUAUUCAGACCCCCCGAGCUCUGAGUCCGGCGGCACGCACAGUCCAAACGUUUCGAGCCCUGCUUCCAGCGAGCUCGAACUCCCGGACAUAGCUGUUGAGAUCAAUCUCAAGCAGCAUAUCUUUGGGCACCUCCUCAACGAUCCUCGCUGGCCUAACAUCUGUGGGGUUGACAAGACCGUUGAAGCUAGUUUAAACGAUUGGAUCGCUCUCUAUCUCCACAUUCAAUCCGAUCCGUACCCAUACAAGCUUUUCAGUUUCACGUACGACCCCGAAAAACACACUAUUCACAUGUCUUCUGCGAGCGAAAUUCACCAGGUCUAUGUCCAAGCAGCGGAUGAGAUUGCCUGUGAGACAACACAGGCAGGGGUCGUGACGAUGGCGCAAUUUGAGCCUAUGGUCAUGGUGAACAAUGCUUACUCCUUAAAGGGGCCGACACCUGAUUCUGACGACCCUCGUUGGGGAACGACAUUCGCAAUGUCGGUCUCCCGGAAGGAGGACGAGAAGAAGAAGAAGAGAGAAGCCACAGCGCUGGCCAGGGAGGAGGCGAAGGCGGCAGAUAAGGCGGCAAAGGCGACAGGGGAGUCGAAGAAAGGCAAGAAAUCCUCCGAGUCGGCCAAGGGCAAGAGAAAGCGCCAGGAUGCGCAGCCCGACGGUCGUGCCACCGACACUGAGCCUGACGACUCUCACGCCGCGGCCGACCACGCCGGAAGCUCUGGUGCCUCGGGAUCCAAAUCGUCCGCUGUUGUUCCGUCCUCGCCGCAGCGUUCCCGAGCUAAAGCCAAAUCGUCCCAACCUGUCGCGCCUCCGCAGCAGCCUCUCAAUCACAUCCCCGACAACGCCAUCUGUGUCUCCUUUCCUUCAUUGGACAUACCCAAGCUUCUCGUUGCUUUGGGCGAGAUUGGCAAAAGCGAGGAUGCGACCUCCAUGACGUUCAGCAUGAUGGAGUACAUGAACGCCGACCACCCUGACGGCCAAUAUCCCCUGAUCGUCUUUGUGAAGAUCGAGGAGGAGAAGGUGUACGGUUCUCCAAAGUACAAGGAUUACCUCAGGAACCUUCGUUCAGACGAGGUGCGGCUGGACGAAAAGGAUUGGGCACAAUCUUGGAUCGACGUCUACAACAAGCUGUACAUCAGGCGGGACCCUGCGAUUACGAUUGUCCGCGGCGACGACCUGGGUGCACCAGGCGAGAAUUGGCUCACUCCCACGUACACAAUCAACAAUCACAUCUUCAUGCACCGUCACCGUUCUUGGCUUCUGUGCGCCGAUCUCAAUAUGCCUGAGGAUAGGCUGUUGGUGGAAGAAUUGGGAGCGCUCGGUGGAGUGACUACGGCCGACUGGGAGAUGAAAAAGAUUGCGAUUCCGGUCUUCGCCUCCAAGCCAGGGCCGGAGCACGUCAAACUCGACGCUUACAAUACCUUCAGUAAACGUUGGGAUGUGCGAAUGCAGAACACCACGGAACGUGUCUUUAACGGGUGCGUCCGCGCCAUCCAAAAGGCCAGUGCUGCAGAUCAGGAUCAAUUCAUGUCGAAGUACCAAAUCAGCCUGGACGAUCUCAUACACUUUGCAACACGAAUAGAACAAGCUGAACAGGGAGAGAAGCCACCGGGACGGCCUUCGCUGGACGACGCGAUGGGUAAAAUGCGUAAAGUGGGCAAAUUUGGGGCUCCUGAGACAGCCCAAGGCCGCCUCAGGACCUUUGUCUAUGACCUCGCGUCCAAGCAUGAGCUGGAGGCGCCGCGGGGGAAGACCCCACAAGGGCCGCUGCCCAUUACUGGUCGCGAAACCCUCCCCAAUGCCGUCAAUGCGCGCAACUACUUCAAUGCGUGGGUGGCGAAUCAGAGGGCUGCCAAACGUGCUCGGACGGGCGAAGCGGGCAAAGCGGGCAAAGCGGGCGAAGCGGGCGAAGAAGACCGUCACACCUUCUGGACCACUGUCUUCGACAUCGCAAGCUCACAAGUCCAGCCGAGCCGAAAGAGCACUCGGAAGCGUUCCGAGGCUACGCCUCCUGGACCACUGUAUUUGACAUCACAAGUUCCUGGCAUCUCACAAGUCCAGCCGAGCGGAAAGAGCACUCAGAAGCGUUCCGAGGCUCGGCGGAAGCUGGCUCAGACGCAAUAUGACCCUGCGUCAAGACCUGCUCGAGUGAAGCAGGCUGCUCAGCCUGCACCAGCUCGUUACCCCCUUCCGGCGCCCUGUCCCCGAAAUGGAACACAGUACGUUGCACCUCAGAAUCAGCCGGCUGCUGCUUGGGAAUUGGCAUCACAGCCACAUGAGGCUAGGAGCACCACGAUCAACAUUUUCUUGCAAACGCUCACAGCGUACGACUUGCAGCACGAUAUCAGCCGAUGUGGGGGUGUUCUGCUAUCAGCGCAUCAAGCAUCAUACGGCGGAGGGAGCGAGACCCUGUCUGAGAUUGCCCAGAGGUGCAUCCGUACGGCAAACUCGACUGCAGUCUUCCACCUCCACUUUAUCGUUGCGCUCAUGACACUCAGCUUCAAGUGUGCAAGUCUGUCUAACUGGAAAGAAUCCGUCAACCUCGCUGCCCUACACAGAGAACACCUGAGCCAAGAUGCCAACUCACCAUCUGUGCGAACUCUGCAGUACUGGUACGCCGGUGGUAGCAAGCUCAUAUCGCUUGCCGCAGGAGGAUCAUUCUACAUGCUGCUCUGGCUGGCCUACACUGAUCUACGAACGCCAUUCAUUGAGGCAGACGGCAAUAUAGCGUACGAUCUCGCAAAUAUACUUCGUAACCCGAAUAGCGAGAGCUCUGCAGGACGACUUGUCCAGAGCACCAUCAUACCAACGCUGGCGUUUCUCAGCCAACAAUGCCCCGUCAAACUCGGUGAAUUUUUCUCGACGAAUUUGCUCUCAGAGCUGGCGAUCUCUGCAGAGACCCUGUGCAGCGAUCUGAGCACAUCUGAUCGUCUCUUCGACGCUCUGCCCUCAAAUUCAUUCCGAGCUCUUCCUCGCUCUUCCCUUGCCUGGGCCGCUUUUCAGUCACUAGAGCAGCCAGCGUUCAAGUUGACAGUGCCUCUCCUGACGACGCAGGUCACAUGCGUCACUUCACUGUUUGACCCUCAGCAAGCCACCAAUCGACAGUGUGUAGCGUCGUCGGACAGACAGAAGAACUCGAGAUGGACGGAAAUUCAAAGAGAAUUCGCUAAGGACGCAGUAGAACCGUCAACUGUCGACGGGUUAAGGAGGCUGUUACGGGAAGCGUAUGUCAAUGGCGUACGCGUAGGGCCUGGAUACAUACGCAUCAACCCUGGCCUCUACGACGACGUACUCACCGUACACUCUUGCCACGGGGACAUUGUUGCCAGCAUAUGCAAGUCUAUGGAGCAAAGCAUGCGAGAUCGUCUCAUCGAUCGCUUGGCCGAUUGUUUUGAGCCCGACGCUCUGAAGGUAAUUGAUACCGCUCAGGAGCGCGGUGACCAUGUCUUCCAGGCACUUCAUUUCUCCUGGUACAACCGUCAUUGCACGACUGGACACGACGCUCCGACUGACGUACCUCCUAUGAACUUGAAGAGGACUGGUGGUUUGAAGACAAACUACCAUCAAAUGAUACCGUACCCCUCCAAGGACAUGGCGAACUCGACGAACGUCUCAAUCUACCAGUCCGUGAAGAAAAUCCUAGGUCCAGUGUUCGAGUGGCUGGAUAUGAAGUUCAAGGCGAUGAUCCCGGAUGUAUACGAGCGACUAGACGCAUACGCGUCUAUACUGCCUGGCAACAACCAGGCAGUCUCUGCGCCGUUUCUGGGCUUGGUCAUCAACCUCAAUGUCUCAACUGCGGCUCACAGGGAUAGCAAGGAUGACAGCAUGUGCUUAGUCCUCGCGAUCGCCGCUCGCCAGGAGGCCCCUGGCACCAGUAACAGCGCUCGCGCGAACACAGGCGCCACGCAGAUGAACCGUGCGAAUGCUGCGGAGGACAGGGGAGCUCCCUCCGACAGUGAUGUUCCCGAUGAGGACCUCUCUGACGCUGCCUUACACAAGAGAAUCGCUGAGCUGACCAAGAUGGCCGAGUUGAAGCGCAAGAGGAAGGCAACGACAAAAGCCUCGCUGGCCAAAGAACAGCGCGUGGAAAAGAUCCGUAAGAGGAAGUUAGAGGCCAUGGACGCUGAGCAGCGUGACACCAGCGAAGAGCCCCCCAAGCCCAAGAAGAAGAAGAAGGCUAAAAAAGCUGAAGACGACGACGUGCUUGAAGGUACGAAGAACAAUGAAGGCCGAUCUGACGAGGGGAGUGGCCGUGACGAUGUCCAGGAGCCGAUGGACGUGGAGGUCGUUGAAGAGGAGGAGGACACGACUGUCCUAUCUAAGGAGAGGAGCAGAGGAAAGAAGAGCACUACGUCGGCUGUAGAGCCGUCCCAGCCUCAACCCAAGCCCAAGCCCAAGCCCAAGCCCGCCUUCAAAGGGCGAAAGCAGAACUUGGAUCAGGACGAAGCCGCUUUUGUCCAGAUGCUCGGGCACGACACUGCGCCGAAGGGCAAAGGGCAGGUCAAGACCAAGGCUGUUCAGUUGACUGAGGAACAUAGCGACGACACAGGUGCGCAGCCUGCUCAGAAAACAAAGAAGAAUUCGCAGCCCGCUUCUUCAAGUUCGGCGGACGCGACCAAGAAACCGGUGUCCACUGUGUCGACUCGGACAACAUCUUCACCUCCCAAGGUACGGUUAGAGCCCUAUGUGUUGAUACCUCCAUGGCCUCGACCUACCACGAGCACGUCUCCAGUCUCCAAGAAGGCUCAAGACAAGGAUGCUGGGAAGGUGAAAGCUUCGGUGACCACGGCCAAGAAGGACAUGCGUCCUAGCGGCAGCAGCAACAAGAAGCGCGACACCGAAGACUCUGACGGUACGGAAAGCGGUGAAGACGAUGAUGGAAGCAACGGCGACGAUGAGGACGAGGAAGAGGGAGAGGAAGAUGACGAGGACGAGGACGAGGACAAGGACGAGGACAAGGACGAGGACGAGGACGAGGACGGGGACGAGGACAAGGAUGGUGACGAGUUUGUUGAUGACGGAGUAGAGACCGUGGCGGAGUCGAAGAGCACUGGGAAGCAACGGGCGAAGAGGCGUAGGCGCCAGACACGCGCCAAGGUGACACAGCUCCCCAGGGACAUCAAGGCCCUCGUCUCUGCGGCGCAGAACUGCCUCCGUCUGCGCAUUGCUCUCAAGAACGCUUGGACGUCUGAGCCAUCAGUCAGCAGCGGCCGUCUUCCUGAGAGGGACGACCUCAUCAAGAGCAGUCUGCAGGACGCCUAUGAACUGGGCAGGGCAGGGGGGCUUGACAAGUCCAUAAGGACCGCCUUCCAAGUGCUGAAGGGGAACAAGGGGAACAAGGACACUAAGGAGACUGACAAGCUGCGCAAGAAUGUCUACACAGUGGUCUGGGCGGCCGCAGCGCAGUUCCGAAACGAGCUGAAGAGGAAGGCCAAAACUGUUACCUCUCAGAUGUACGAGCUCGACAGCCUGUCUUCUCAGCAGAAGAGGAACCUGGCGACAUGGUUGAUCACCACUCACCCGACGACCGUCGUUGGUGGCUUGCGUAACAUCCCUAACUUUGUCUUCGGUGGCAUGACGAUUGCCUUAGAUGCGCGCAAGCAUUUUGAUGCCGAGAAGAGCGACUUUAAGCGCGGGGAGGUGUUCCUCCACCCGGCUAUUUCAGAGCUGAUUUACCAGCACUGGGGCCUUGGAGCUCGAGCGGACGCGAACCUGCAUGCGGCCACGGAAGAGUUCAGCGAGGUGCCGAACAACCUGAUCGCUGUGGUGUGCAACGCUAUCGAGUCCGCCCUCAUGGAGUUUGCCAAGCCAGGUGCAAAGAACUUCUUCACGAACAAGCAGUAUGCUGCCAAAUGGGACGGCAUCAUGGCAAUCUUGGAGUUCAUGGAGGCUCAGUACAAUCCGUCCUACAUGAAUAUGAAGCGUAUCGUGUGGAAGUCCAUCAUAUCGCGGCUCGAAGACACGGACGAUGUGGACGAGGUGGGCGUGCAUACCGGUUUCCUCGACGCGGCCCUUGAGGAGCAAGAUAUCGUGGUUUUGGGAGGGAGCAAUGCAACGCCGCAUGGCUCGCCUGCUGGAAAGCCUUCGAGCGCAAGGAAGGCUCCUACUGCCUCGGCAACCAAGCCAUCCAGUUCGUCGAGCCCUGAGAAAGGCGGUCAGGAGGGCGACGACAACGUCAUCAGUAGAGAGGGCCCUUCUGUGCGCAGCAGCCACAAUUCCCAGGCAGAUGAUGACGUGGCUGCAGAGGACGUCAGCGAGAAGGACGGAAGUGGGGAAGAUGAGAUCGAGCACGACGAGGUAGACGAGAGGGAGGACAGAGCCGGGGAUGCUAAGGAACGUGAAGGUACGCAUGUCCGUCAUCUCAUCACAGAGGAUGAUCCAUAA